UAUUAAUCUAUAAGGUAAUUCAAUAUUUUUUUUUAAAUACAGUACAAAAAUAUCCAUCGGUGAGUAUUUAUAUCAGAUUCCAUAGAAUUAGAUAAAGCUUUAUAAAUGCAAAAUGCAUUUAGAAUGUAACUUCAUUCUAACCUAAUUAGUAUUUAUCGACGCUGACUAAUAAAGUACAUAACAAGCGUAUAUUGAAGACUAAGAACAAUUACAAUUAUGACAUUGUAAUCACAAAUGCAUGUCAUAUUUCAUUAUAUUUCUAUGUGAAAUUCAUCAGAAUAUCUAAUGCUAAUUAUAACAUAUAUAUGUAUAAAGAUAGUACAUCUUUCAUAUAUAAAUUUAGUGGCAGUGCUUUAAAGCUUAAAGUUUCUAUGGUUAUGUUCUUUGAAGAAACAAACAUGUAUAUACAGAUAUUUGUAUAAAGUGUGACGUAAUGCUAAUAUUGUCCGCUGAUUGUAAACUAUUCAUAAUGCUAAUUGUAAAAAAAAAAUCGAAUGUGUUUUAACGCUUUCACGGCUCACAAAAUUGAUCAUAUUGAAUACACAUUGAGGUACGGAAGAGGUUAUCUUAAAUAAUUUGAUAUUUUUUAUUUACCAACAAAAGCUUUAUGAAGUCGUGUGCAACAGCUAAAAAAAUACAAGCCAAAAGCUGAUGUUUUCUGUCGCCAUUUUCAAAUGUUGAAUACAAUUUAACUUAAAAGCUUGCUAGAUAGAUCGGUAGCUUUCACAGACAUGUUAGACAAGCUACUUAAAGCUUUUAGUUCAUAUUUUAAUAUCCACGCCUCUUUCAAUACACUAAUCAAGAUUACUUACAUACCUUAAGUAAUUUUAUUGUAGAAUGUUUCGAUUAAUUUGUUUAUGUUUUUCAGGAUAGUAACUAUAUGAAAGUAUAUUUGGCGAAAGGAACAGAUAAAAAUCUGUACCAUAUAGAUCAUGAAAAGUCUACAAAAAGUCGUCUUGAAGAAAGAAAAAGAUUACGCAAACGUUUGUCGAAAGAAAAGGAGGGUAAUGAAGAAAACAACGAAAAAUUGAACAAACUUAUAGAAGAACGGUAUCAAAAUCUGGAAAUGGGAAGAAAAAUUUUCGAAAAUGCAUAUCAAUUUUUCGAGAACAGCGAAAACGACGAAGAGAAGGAAUUUGAACAGACGCAACAAGUGCCUGAAAAAGUAUCCAUGAAGAGAAGAAGAAGUAGUUCAAAAAGUUCUAAACGUUCUACGAAGGCAAAAGAAACAUUUGCUGUUUCACAGAAAGAGCAGUGUGAACCAGAACAAAUAAAAAUAGAAAUAAACAUGGACAUGGUAGAUCCGACAGACAUUUAUUUAUCGUCAUUGCCACAGUACGAGGAAAUCAGGACCGAAGUUCUUGUGCCUAAAUGCUGGAUCGAUGACGACGUCUCAACUCUUGAACAUUCGGUAGAAAGUGACGAUGACGCCACUUUUAUUAUAAGUCCUGUCAAAGAUGAAAUCCAUGCAGGAGAGUCUUCAAACGACAGAUCUGUUCCAGCAGAUUCUCAAGAGAAGGUCAAUGAUGGUAGAAUAACAAAGGAUAAACAAACUGAAAACGGGAAUGAGAAUUGUAAUGGACCCCAAUUUAAUAUCGUAAAAGCUACUAUCACUGAUUACGUAACCUCGAUAAGAAAGAAAUAUGAAAAAGAACAAAGUACGAAGGAAAAGAACAGAAACUAUCAAGCUUUAGAAGAAGAAAGAAUCCAGUGUCAAAGAAGAAUAAACAGAGAACUGGAGUUCUUAAGAACACUUACAACAAAAAAGCAUUCAAAAUCGUCUUCCGAAAGUACAGACGAUGAUGGGUUCGAAAAAAGCACAAGUACCGUUACUGAAGUAAACGAAAGUGCCAAAAAAGGAAAACGUAAUGAGACUAAACGGUCGUCAUCUCCAAUCCUCAUAUACCAUUAUUAUACGCUCGAUCCCAAACUAAAAGAGAAAAUAACAAUUGAUGCCAAUGCCAAUUGUAUUCCAAAACUAGAAGCUGAUAAUCCAUCAAAUCUGACAACAAGACCUCGUAGGGGACCACAAACUCCACCCCCUCAAGACAGUUCAAGUGACGGCGAAAUACACGACGAUAGUUCUGAAGAAUGGGAACAUAAUAAGGAUCCCUUAGAAUCUGUAGAACACAUUAAUCGAGUAGCUGUUUUAAAACAAUCUAAACAGGAAGAAACAACACGCGAUCCUAGACUAGACAGAUCGAAGACGAGUAAUGAAACAUCGAAAAUUCAUUACGAAAAAAUGACGAUUACUAGGUCAUUCGAUAAUCGGUCAACUAACAAAUCCAAACUGUAAAAGAAGCAUUUGAUCUCACACAAUUUAUUUUUGUCAGAAAAAUUCCUAUGUUACCUCAUAAUGCAGUACAAAAAACUAUUUUGUUUAUGUUAUCGUUCUAAAUAAGUGAAGUUCAGUUAGCGUAUGUAAAUGCAGAGUUAUCAUAAGAUACCAAUAGACAGGACAAUAAAUAUUGAACCGUAUUCACACAAAGAUGUACUACUGAUACAUUUACGUUUACGUAAGUAUAAGACAUUUUUGUGACAGCGAUAUCGACGAUUACAUGUGACUAGCUGUCCCCGUGCGGCUUCAUCCGCAUGAAAUUAUGAAAACAUUAUUUUAUUGUUUACAUAUGUCAAAUUGUCAAUUGCAAAUGUCAAAAUUACCGUUACUAUAAUUCUUUCUUAACGUUGGCAGCUUAUAGUUAAUGGCCCCUUUCCCACAUGAACUUUUUCUAAUUUAUUUACCCCCGAAGUUCAAUAGCGCGAAAAUUUAUAGCCUAUA